GACGAAUAUGUGUCAAGCGAGAAUUAGUAUAUAAGACCCAAGGUCCUCUUUGAACUUAUUGCUUUUAUACAUUUGGAAAAGGAUUGAGUGCUGGGCUCCAUUUUACCUAUUGUUCAAGUUAUUCAUGCUAAUACUUAUAAAUCGAAAUACGAAUAAUACGAAAUGAAACUUUCAUUGUCUGCAAUUUUUCAUAUUACUUUGUUUGGCAUCACCACUUUUGCUUUGGCUUCUUCAAUUUCCGAACCGACAAAUUCCCUUAAUCAAACAUUUAGUUUGGUGGCCCUCCAUCCUUAUAAGCAAAAUGUUCCAAUGAAUCCGUUAACUAUAGGUCAAUAUGGAUAUGUUUACGCAGAUAGUGGUGUUGGAGCUGGUAGUUUCACACUGAAGAACUCUAAACUGUUUUUUAACGAUGAACACGCUUCACUCGGCAAGAACGGUGCUCUCCUCUUCAAGCCCUCUGGAUCCGCAAUAUCAGGUUUUCAAGCUAAACAAGUAUCUCCAGUUGGUUAUGAGAUUCGACUUAAUAAUACUUUUCCUGUCGCAUGCCCCAUCGCUGAUAUAAGUAAUGUAUAUCAAAUAUAUUAUGAUCAAGGAAACGCUAGCCACAAUUGCAUGGGCGUUGUGAUUCACGCUAAUAUUUUUUGAAUAUUUUCUUUAAAAUAUAUCGGAAAUUUCUAUCUUCACUAAACUGUAGACUCGCAUAAUACGUUUAAUGUCGUAUCGAGUGGUGUCCAACCUCAAGUAUCCGCAAAAUUCUUUGUCUCUAGACAAUCAUACGGUUGGAUAAAUAAUUUUAAAGUAUAUACCAUUGUCUAUGGUAAUCUAAAUUAUUAGAAAUCGUUGACCGUAAUAUACGGAAAUUUUCUAUUAUCAAUAUGGCUUAAUGGCUGCCGAACUUCUUAAUUGGCAUUAUUUCUAUUGUUUUUCUAUGAAGUUGCUGCUUUUAGUAGAACAUUUAUUCUUUUGGUUUUAGAACAAUACUUUUGGCUCGGAUUUAUCUACAGAAUUUUGAACUUUCUUUCCACUACCAAAGGGAACAAACUGUUUAGGUAAAAAACUUUGACAUUAUUCGAAACAAUAAGCUUCUCUUGAAGAGUGAAAGAAAAACUAAAACAUUAUGGUUAUAGCCACCUCUUACUGGAUUUCCCCGUCCUCUCGAAGUAUAGUAGACAGAGAUCCCGUUUUCAUAGAAAAAAUUCUACCUUACGUGAAUGAAUAAAAAAGAUUGAAUUAUUUUGUGCUCAAUGUUAAUUAGUUGAUUAGUAACAAAAUUGGGGUGAAC